AUGACGGAACUGUUUGUGGUGGCGCUGCAGUUCUACGCCAAGUCGGGGCCGCUGGCGAGCGUCCUGGUCGUGAAGCUGAAGCAAGUCGCGGGACACUUUAGGAACCUGGACAUUGUGAAGCUCAUUGUGGGCUCCCACAGCCACGCCCUGCGCCACGCGCAGCGGAACAUGGCGCUCUGCCGUGAUGCGUCGAGAACGUCGUCGUUGCCGUCCUCCGCCGCCUCCUCGCGGCCGUCGUCGAUGUACACAACCGACGCGGAGGCGGAGCGUGAGGCCGACCGCGCCGAGCUGGCGCACCGCUGCUUCUCCACGGACCACACGCUGCGGAACGACGCUGUCUUCACUGCCCGGCUCGUGGGGCUGCUGGACGAAGUUGCGCGCGUGGAGGGUCUGCUGGCGGUGCAGCGGGCGCACGGGCAGCCGCCGCUGCUGUGGCGCGGGGUGACGGCAAGACCGCCCCGUCGCCAGCGACGCGUGGGUGGUGCUGCUUCCACAACCCCUUUACUUGUUUUUUUUUUCUCCUCCUCUCUCCUUUGCUUUCUCCCACGCCUGCCUCAUUGCCGUCAUUUACUAUUGCUACCGAACACAACUUUCUCCUCGGCACAUGCUCAGUUGUUUCUUCACUUGCUGGACUGGCGAUGGGCCGAGGGCCAUCGGCGUCGUCGUCGUCGCUGCUCCGCCCCCUCCGACGCCCAGCCCCCCUUCUCCUUCUCCUCCUCUUCUGCAUUGUGUGUGUGUGUGCGUGUCUGUGUGCAAGGAACGGCUAGAGGCGUGUGCGUGUGCGGAGUAGAGUGUGGCGCCUGCCGCGGAUCCGUUUCAGCCUCCCCUAGAUAA